AUGUCUAAGGGUCUAAAGCACGUAAACGACUACGUAAGUGAAAUUUUGAAGCUGAUAUUUACAGUGCCUCUCUUAGAUCCAGCAAGGGACUAUCGUCGAGUGGCAUAUAGACAAUUCCGUCAUCAUAAAGUACCAAAAUCGUUGGAUUGGCGUAAAUUAGGCUUCAAGCCACGUCGUGAAGAACAGUGGCGUUGCGGCGCAUGCUAUGCCUUUGCUGUCGCACAUGCGAUGCAAGCUCAGCUCUACAAGAAGCAUAAGAGAUGGGAUGAACUGAGUCCCCAGCAGAUUGUGGAUUGCAGUUAUGAAGAUGGCAACCAGGGAUGUAAUGGUGGAUCUCUGCAAGCUGCCUUUAGAUAUGCUGCCAGGGAGGGACUCGCCAGAGAAACGCAAUAUCCAUACCGUGGAAAGAAAGGUCACUGUCAUCAUAGUUGGGGGACAGGUCGUGUACGUCCUCGUCGCUGGGCAGCACUGCCGGCACGUGACGAGGCGGCGGUGGAGCGCGCGCUGGCCAACAUCGGUCCACUCGCAGUUGCUGUAAAUGCUGCGCCGCUGACAUUCCAGCUUUAUAGGAGUGGGAUCUACGACGACCCAUUUUGCGUGCCAUGGCGAAUGAACCACGCCAUGUUACUGGUGGGUUACACUCCGGAGUACUGGCUGCUGCUUAACUGGUGGGGACAUCGGUGGGGGGAAGACGGGUAUAUCAGAAUACGUCGAGGUCUGAACACGUGUGGUGUUACUAACAUGGCAACGUACGUUGAAUUAUAA